AUGAGUGUAGAAGACGAAAGUCCGGCUGAAAAAGCUCCUAAGUAUCUCGAUGAUAACAAAAAACGCGAACGCACAGAACCCGGAAGCUCCGCCCAAUCUCGGUGUCUGAAGCUUUCCCCUAAUACUAAUGAAGAAGCAGAUCCAGGACCGGCUUUGCGGGCACCACCCGCCAAAUACAAAUCCACCCCUGAGCCCAGCAGCAACGUUUCGAACCAGCUAUACAGAACAAAGACAUCGAAGUGA